CAGCAGCCAAAGGUUGCAGCGAUACGCGUGGGCGGCGCCGUCUGUUCCACCGCGCCGGGCACCGUCGUUCCAAAACCAUCGCUGUCUCCAAUACAUCUACUCCGAGCUCCAACCAUAAGGCCCAGAUUCCUCCCUCCCGCCUUCGCUCCUAAUAGCAUCUUUUUCUCUCGCGCCAACCUUCGAACACCUAAUAGAAGCAAGGACCUUUACACAUCUUCUUCUCCCGUGCGCUCUUCUUCUUUGCUUCCCCCGAGACAUGGGAGAUCCGAUGAGCUCGAAGAGGCUUAUGAUGAGACCAUGCCGGGCCCUCUGUCUGUCUCUCGGAACGUUCCUGCGGACUUGCUGGAGAAGCUGGUCUAUGAUGCUCUGGUUUGGUGCUCUCUCCAUGGGCUUGUCGUCGGGGACAAAGGCGUCCAGAGAUCAGGAACAGAUCCUGGCAUUGGUCUGGUUCAUGCCCCAUUUACCCUGUUGCCCAUGCCGUUUCCAAAAGGUCACUGGAGGCAAGCAUGUGAGUUAGCUCCGAUUUUCAAUGAGCUUGUAGAUCGUGUGAGCUUGGAUGGAAAUUUUUUGCAAGAUUCUUUAUCCAGAACAAAGGAGGUGGAUGCCUUUACUAGUGGACUCUUAGAUAUCCAUUCAAAGAUGCUUGAAAUAAAUAAAAGAGAGGACAUUCGUUUGGGAUUGCACCGGUCAGAUUAUAUGCUGGAUGCCGAAGCUAACCUACUAUUUCAAAUAGAACUAAAUACCAUUUCAUCCUCGUUUCCUGGUCUUAGUUGCCUAGUAACCGAGCUUCACAGGAAUUUAAUUAACCACUACGGGAAAGACCUAGAAUUGGAUUCAAGAAGAGUUCCUGGAAAUACAGCCAUUAGUCGAUAUGCAGAGGCAUUAGCUAAAGCAUGGAAUGAGUAUAACAAUAGCAGUGCUGUAGUAAUGGUUGUUGUUCAAACUGAAGAGCAUAAUAUGUAUGACCAACAUUGGCUCUGCACGCUGUUGAGGGAGAUUCAUGGUGUGGUCAGUGUUCGCAAAACUUUGGCAGAAAUAGAUGCAGAAGGGCGGGUUCUACCUGAUGGAACUCUCCUUGUAGGUGGCCAAACAGUUGCUGUGGUCUAUUUUAGGGCUGGCUAUUCACCGAAUGAUUAUCCUUCAGAAUCAGAAUGGAGAGCAAGGCUUUUGAUGGAACAAUCUAGUGCAAUUAAGUGCCCAUCAAUAUCCUACCAUUUGGUUGGGACCAAGAAGAUCCAACAAGAACUAGCAAAACCAAAUGUGCUUGAAAGGUUUCUUGAGAAUGAAGAUGAUAUUGCAAAACUGCGGAAAUGUUUUGCAGGGUUGUGGAGUUUGGAAAAUGCAGAAGCUGUGAAGUCUGCUAUUGAAAGACCUGAGUUCUUUGUGCUCAAACCCCAACGAGAAGGAGGAGGGAACAACAUUUAUGGUGACAAUAUAAGGGAAACACUGAUUAGGCUGCAGCAGGAAGGGAGUGAGCAAGCUGCUGCAUAUAUUCUGAUGCAAAGGAUCUUUCCAAAAGCUUCUCUUGCUUAUCUGGUCCGGAAAGGUAUUUGUCAUCAGGACCAUGCCAUUUCAGAACUUGGGAUAUAUGGUGCCUAUUUACGAAACAAAGAUAAGGUGAUCAUGAAUGAUCAAUGUGGUUACCUGAUGCGGACGAAGGUUUCUUCAUCAAAUGAAGGUGGGGUUGCUUCUGGGUUUGCAGUCUUGGAUAGUAUCUAUCUAACUUGACAAAGCAUUUCUACUAAGGUUAUUGCCUGUGGAGUGUAGUAGACAGUUUGUCAGGAUGUCAAAGAAACGACGAGGAAUUCUUUAUCAUCUAUGCAUAAUACACAGCAUUUCAUUCUGACAGAAACACUACAUUUUUUUCUUUAUUUCCUAGAAAAAAUGUAUCGGUAUAUGCUCUCAGACAAAUUGCGUUGGAGCAAAAUAUUAUGUAACCAUCCUCUUGGACACAGAAUAUGUUAGUGUGCUGAAAAUUAUGGUGCAAGUGUUGUCUAUUGGCAAUGUCCAACAGCUAUUCUGGAAAUAAACAAUUCAGAGCCAAUUCUACGAU